AUGAGAAAACUGAGGAGAUUAAAAACUAAACUUGCUCGUGAACCAGAAGAUCGUGCGAGUAGUGCAGAUGAUGAAUGCUGCGUAUGUGUGCAGCGACGGGCAUCUGUUAGAGCAUUCCCUUGCAGUCAUAAAGUAUUUUGUCGAAAAUGUGCAGUACAAUUAAUUGAGCAUGCAAUAAAUGAAAACAAACUUCGAAUAAGAUGCAUAAUCUGUCGACGAGACAUCGCAAGGCUGCAGUAUAGUCGUCCGUCUCGAUUCAUACAGGUUCAGAAAGAGCAAGAUAUCAGUGUAGAUAGUAACAAUACUACCACUUAA